CGCGGCUCCGACAUGCUGAAAUCACGCGAGCCCGCAUUCGCGUCGUCGCCGAGCGCGCAAAAGAAGGGAGAGAGAGCGGCUCGAGACUGGGUCCAGCUUUUCUCCUGUGCCCCUCUUGUUAUCGACGCAAUCAUUCUCUGCUAUGGAGCCUCGUUCACGCUCACGCUGACGGUCUUCCAGGCCUUUUCGUCUGCCGGUCUGGGAGAGGUGAAGCGGGGACUCUCUGUGCUGCGGCAGCGACGCGCGCUCUUCGACCCAGCCUCGUACCAGCCCGUGAUGUCGGGCUUGUACUCGGGUGGCUUUGCAGCAGUAACGGUGCUGCGGAAUGAGGCGGCUGCCGCAGUCGCCGUUGGCGUCGACAUGGGAAGGCGGGUAGGUGGCAUUCUCGAGGGGCUGUUGCCACGAGCGGAGAACGGCGGUGCAUAUCAAGAGGAAUUGGAGCCGAUGGCAGACGGCCGAUCGGAGGUGUCGGAGAUGUUGUCUUCGCCGACCGGAGGCGGAGCGGCCUCUGCGCCUUCCGCGUGCAUGAGAGGCUACCGUCGGCGAUGGGCAGCCGCGCUCCUUCUCGGUGUCUCUGUGUCGACGUUUCUCGCCCUCGCGCUCCUCUACGUCCGCCCGGUGCGAGUCGCAUCGCUAUGCGUGCUCGCGGCGCAGUCGCUCGUCGCGCACAGCGUGCCACUUCUCAGCGCGAGCCUUCGCGCGCAUGUGGAGAGCGGCACGGCGGGGCGAGGCGUCCUCGUCGGUGCCACUGCCGCCGUCGGCUUGAUGGUGCAGGCGGCCCUCUACCUAGCCGAUCCGAACGCGUGGUACCUACCCAACGGAAGCGCAAUCCCAACCCCACUCCGGCGACUGCUCUCCGCCCCUCUCGCCCUCGAGAACGGCCUUGAGGAGGUCCGCCUCGCGUGCAAGUGCGACCUCGCGCGGCUGCAAGGCCUCGCGAGCGUUGCCGGCUUUGUCCCAUUUGCGAAUUAUACGCUCGCGCCCGCGUACUAGUUGUCGCUUGUCCUCGGUAUGGGUGCGGGUUCGGGGGGAGCGCCUCCAUUGGGAUGACUGAUGGG